CUUUCAAUCUGGAUCCAUAUUCGUCAGUCCCCAUUUCCAAUGUAGCUAAGAGAUUUUGCACAGAUUUUCCAAGCAUUACAGUACCAAGUACGGCAGAGAAAACUUCUAGGUUACGGAGCCCUAAAAUGAUGAAUGAUGGUGCGGUGAAGACAUCUUGGUGCAGGUAGCCGUUCGCUACUGUUUGGUUACUGUAGUCUUGAAGGGAAGCCGCAUGCUCCACAUCGGGUCCUUCCUCCACCUCCUACUCCGUUAGCUAUCAGGCUACAGACGAGCCAUGCUAUCGGAAACGUGAUAUGUGGGUUGCCGGUGUUGACCGCUUGGUGGUCUGUCUGUCGCCGCGGGGUUACUUUUUGAUCUUUCCUUUUGUUUAGUUGGUAGUGUAGUGGUGAUAGUGAUAGUGGCGUGAAAAGUUUUCAGGAAACUAGAAUGUGUAUAGGAGAAGAGAGGAGGCGAUUUAGCUAAGGAGGGUUCUGGGUUGAAGGGGACAGCUUCCGGUGUUGACCGCUCGGUGAACUGCGACCUAUAGUCUACAGUACAGUCUCUUUUUUACCUCAUUUUUUACUAUCGCGGGGCAAGUUUACUUGGUAUGAAAAAACUUUUUAUGCAUUCAUGUUUGUUUGUGCUUGACCGCCAGAUGGGUCAUACUCGGUCGGCAACAACCCUUCUAUUGGAAUCGAAGAGAUCGAAAAUUCCAUGAAUUCUAGAAGUUACUUUGUUUAAGCGUUUUUUCUUUUCCUUUUUCCUAAAUCAAGUGGUUAAUUUGAUUGCUGUCUGAGGUCAUUCACUAUUGUCUGGGUGCAACUCAAAAUGACCAUCAGUCAGCAGGUCAGAAUAAUUGCGGGAUGCUAUGCUUGCUAAACCAAGUUGAGGAGGAAGGGAUUUAUCAUUACCGGCAAAUUAUUGACAAUAUUCAUCAUCGCCCGGUAGUUCUUCUCUCUCUUGUUCGAGAGAUCACCAAGAAACAAACGCCCUGGCGGUAUCUGAUGUGCGUACAUUCCGGCAUCUUGACCGAACACAAGUGAAACCUUACUAAUGUGAGGAGAUUCGGAUCACGAAAACUGAUUUAGGUGUUAUCAGGGUCCGAUCCAGUUAUCAGUGCAUGGAUUAUCUAGAAAAUUAUGGAACAUAUGGGACAUAUGGAGAAAUGUUAGACCCUGGGUAGAGAGGAUGAAAGGAAGAGAAAGAGGGGCAAUCAGAACGCGGAAAUGGUGUUGGGAGGAGUGAAAACAGGAUUCUAUAGAUGUUCAACAAUGUGCAAGAGAUUCGAAUCGAGCACCGCCGAUCGUGAGGUAUUGGCGUAGAGGUCUGAAGGCUCCCAGAUCUGCUAUUUACGUGUGAUUACUGGGACGAGAGGACUAUCAAUGCUAUAGAUGGAGAAUUCGUGGGCUGUGCUAUUUGGAGAUGAAAGGAUUCUGGUAGUGGGUAUUCGUAUAUCUAGGCACUGAUACUAUUUCAGGAAAUGGACAUUACAAUUUGAGACUUGAUCGUUCUA